ACUGCUACAGGAAAUGUGCUAGUAAUAACUUUAUUCAAGACUAGCUUUUAGGCAUUUCGCAGGUCCCUAGUAGCAUUGCUGCAUAUUCUACCAUUGUAGAUAGGAAGCUGUGUUUGUUACCUAGUUCUGUAUAUUACUGUUUGUACAUGUUUUAACCCUUUGCAAAUCCAGCAAACGAUACACUGGUCUUGAGUAUUUAACACCUGCUGUCUGUCGUACGUAUUUGAAAGUUAUACAGAAUACAAGUAAAUAAUGUGUUUUAUUGCACGAGAGGUCUGUCAUUAAAGAAGCAAGUAGAGAUUUGACAGGUAAGACUUGUCGCUUCCACAGGUGUACUUGCUGACUCUGUGUAAAACUUGUUGAAUUUUGCAUGAUUUUACUGUGCAUUAAUCCUACCGUACAAUGGUUUGCCAUCGAUGUACCAUUCUAUCACGUAGCUUUGGCAAUGCUUUGUUACACGUUGCUGUGCUUUCGCAAUGGUAGGCUGUAACUUCUACAAGAGUCGGACUGAAAUUGAGAUAAUGAGGGCACUGUUAUCCUAAUAGCUGAGUAACAAAACCAACGGCACGUGUGAUGAAGAUAAACUGAUGCAUCGGGCAGUUUUAGCUGAUACACCAGGGCAAUGAUCUUGAUCAUGUUCUUUCUUAUUUGGCCAUUCUUUAAGGUUAGUAUCCCAAUCCUAACGAUUCUUUUGAGCUUUUUGUGACAUUCCAGAACAUUUUAAAGCAUGGAGAAGCCUGCUCACCCCGGGUGUGGAUUCCAUGUUUACGCCCCCUCAUCGCUUGAUUGGUCAGUGUUGUGACGUACUUCCACCCAUCCCGCUUUGGGAAAGGGUCCGAAAAAAAAUUCAGGGGCAGCUCGGACUGGCAGCCAAUGCGGGUUGGCUAAAUUAACAUGGAAACGCAGUAUCAGGGGCAGCAGGGGUUCAGCCCGGGUUGAGGGGAGCAUGGAAACAAGAGGCGAUGGGCUCCGUCUCGUAUCUCCUGCGAGGGGCCAAAUGGGGCAGCAUGCUGUCCAAGUGCCUCCCUGUCUUCCUGUGCUGUGUGUACCUGCUGUACCGCACCUCCCACCAGCGGGGGCGCUACCACAAAUUCAUCCUGGCUGGACUGCUGCUCUCCAGUCUAGGAGACGCCUGCCUGAUUUACUCUCAUCUCUUUAUUGUGGUCAUAGGAUCGCAGGCGCCUUGCCGGACAUCCCCCCCCUCCUCAAUGGCUCGCUCUGGAUUUCUCACAGGAAUGGCGUUCUUUGCUGUGGCUCACAUCUCCUAUAUCUGUGCGUUCGGCUGGUCUCCGCUCAAUCCUUUCCCGCUGGCUGUCAUCCUGCCCGUGGAAGGCUUGAUCUUCUUCACCGUUCUACUGCCAGAGCUGCCCGGGCUGCUGGUCUACCUGAUUCCCCUCUACAUACUGCUGCUGGGCACCAUGGUGUGGCGCUCCCUGGUUGUGCCACUGCCCAGGGAUGCGUGGUUGUUUGCUGCCACGGGGGGCGUGUCCUUUAUGGUGUCCGACACGGCCCUGGCUAUUGACAAGUUCUGCACUCCACUGCCCUACGCAGAGGCCGUGAUAAUGGGGACUUACUACCUCGCCCAAAUCCUGCUCACUCUGUCCGCCACCGAUGGGACAGAGCAACACAGGGAGCCCAGAAAGAAAAAACACUAAUGGCCGUUUUUUGGUUAUGUCAAAUAAAAAAUUUCAACAGACAUAAAAGAA